AUGGCUAUUAUCUUCAUGCAAGGGCUCUUGGUCGAGAUGCUGCUGGAAGCAGCCAAGAAGACAAAAAUCGUAGACGUUCACUUUGACACGCAUAUCAAGGGAUUUGAGCAAGAUCAAUAUGGCGUCACCGUCAAAGUUGAAGCUUCUGGAGAGACUCAAACAUUCAGGUCCCAAUAUCUGGUAGGCUGCGAUGGCGCCAGGUCGACAAUCCGAAAAUCGCUCGGGGUUAGCUUCAGUGGGCAUUCCUGGCCUGAGAGGCUGGUUGCUGCAGAUGUGCGCCGCACUGUACCCAGCCUUGAAAGACUCCCGGCGCACUUCGUGGUCGACAAAGUUCAUUGGGGGGUGGUCUUACCACUUGAAGAGAUCGUACCCGGGAAACCUGGACUGUGGCGCUAUGCAAUGGCUGUUCCUGACGACACAUUGACGAUUGAGGAGAUAGAGAAUCCUAAAUACGUAAAUGAACUCCUCCUCAAGUAUUUGGAUGGUCCACGGCCUGCCGAGUAUACUUUAGUCCGCCAUCGUGCUUAUCGGCUACACCAGCUCCUGGCAAGUACCAUGUAUCGAAACAGAGUCCUUCUCGCUGGAGAUGCGGCGCAUGUUAACAAUCCUGUUGGUGGACUUGGGUUGUGCACCGGUCUGCUGGAUGUUGACCUUCUCUCUCAGGUACUUGAUCUGAUUAUCAACCACGAUUAUCAUGAUCCGCAAGACUUGCUAGCAGAGUACUCAGCAGCUCGACGAUUUGUAUUCCAGGCGCUCGUGAGCCCCAUAAGCAGUGCGAACAAACUCCGACUGCACGAAAGUGAUCCGGACGAUGCUGCCCGUGAGGAUUGGUUUCUUCGAAUCUUACGAAGAGGCAUUCCACAGGAGAUAGGCAAGGCGCACGCGCCACUCCAGCAGUUCUGGAGGACUGACAUUCGUUCGAUCGCCAAGGACCAAGUAAAACCUAAGCUGGACUUGCGAUUACUAGCGGGAUGUUGA